AUGAAAGCCGCCUCGGCCGACCCUUUUGGCCAGAUCCUCAAGGACCUGGUCCUCAUUGCCAUCAGCAUUGCCUUCGUCCCCUUAACCACGACCAUCCUCGCCCUAAGCUAUGCGUGGCAGCGCUUCCUGCGUCCCAGCCCGGCCUUCGACCCCGCCGCCGCCACGGACCGCCAACAACAGCAGCGCCGCACCAUCCUCGUCACCGGCGUCGGUAUGACAAAGGGCCUCACCCUCGCACGACUGUUCCACCAAGCCGGCCACCGUGUCGUAGGCGCUGACUUCUCCCCCCAUGCCUGCGGCAGCCGGUCCGCCGCCCUCGCCGCCUACCACGUCCUCCAGAAGCCCGGCCGAGCCGGAGGCGGCGCCGACCCGUACCUCGACUCGGUGCUGCGGAUCGUGGAGCGGGAAAAAGUCGACCUCUGGGUCAGCUGCUCGGGCGUCGGUUCCGCCGUCGAGGAUGGCGUCGUCAAGGAGGUCGUCGAGGCCCGCACGCGGUGCCGUGCCGUGCAGCCCGACGUCGCGCGCACCCGGAUCCUGCACGAGAAAGAUUCCUUCAUGGAUCACACGCGGGAGACGGGCCUGCGCGUGCCAGAGUCGUACCUCGUCACGAGCCGCCACGAGAUGCUGGCCGCGCUGGAAGAGGCGUCGGGGGGUCUGUCCUACGACGCCGAGUCCGAAACCACCGCAAAGAACAACAGGAAGCCGCCGCCGCGCUUCAUCGCAAAGUCGGUGGGCGUCAACGACCGCGGCCGCGGCGACAUGACGCUGCUGCCGCUGCCGACGGAGAAGCAGACGUACGACCACGUCUACAACCUCGAGUGGCUCGGCCUGUCGGACAAGGAGCCCUGGCUGCUGCAGGAGUACAUCGACGGCGACGAGUUCUGCACGCACGCGCUCGUGGUCCGCGGGGAGGUGAGGGCGUUUGUGGCGUGCCGCUCGGCGGAGCUGCUGAUGCACUACGUCGCGCUGCCCGCCGCGUCGCCGCUGUCGAGGGCGAUGCUCGAGUUUACGCGGAAGCAGGCCGCGUCGUUUGGGGAUGCGUAUACGGGCCACCUAAGUUUCGAUUUCAUGGUGAGCGAUGAGGACGUUGCUGCGGCGGCGGCGGACGAAUGUAGGCCUGAGCAGCUGAAGCUGUAUCCGAUCGAGUGUAACCCGCGGGCGCAUACCGCUGUUGCGCUGUUUGGAGAGACUCCAGACAUGGUAGAGCAGUACCUGAGCGUCCUGGACGAGACGGGAGCCUCUAGGGGUAGUUCGGAGACGGAUGUGGUGUCGCCGAGGAGGCCGGCCAAGUACUACUGGAUUGGGCACGACCUCUUCACGCUGCUGCUGCUGCCCACGGCGAGGGUGCUUCUCUUCCGGAUGUCGAUUGCGGCGUACUGGCGGUCUGUAACGACGUUUGUCGAGCACGUGCUGUUCUGGAAGGACGGCACCUUUGAGCUGUGGGAUCCGUUGCCGGCGUGGUGGCUCUAUCAUGUCUACUGGCCCAUGACGUUCUGGGACUGCGUCGUGAACCGGCGGAGCUGGAGCCGGAUCAAUGUGAGCACUACAAAGAUGUUUGAGUGCGAUUGA